UUUGUACCUUCACGUCGCUCUUCUCCUGGUACCUCAGGACCUAAUUCAAAUAUACCUGCUUAUGCACCAGGCAUGUUUCCUGGUCAUCCUUCAAAUUAUCAUCCUGGAAUACCUUAUAAUACUCACGUUACCCAAUCAAACACUGGAAUGACUUUACCUUAUGUAUCUCAAGGCUAUUGCAUUUCUUCUCCAAAUAUUUUUCAUAUCCCAAAUCCUGCUCCCACAUUGCCUUAUCCUACACUUUCCCAUGUACCUUUCCUCUUUACUGUUGCAUCUAAUACUGCUAGAACUGCUUUUUUGUAUAAUAAUCCUAAAGGUAUUGGAACAUGGCAUCGAACUCCAGAUCCUAUAUUUAUUUCCAGUCCACCAAGGGCGCAAAGAUUAUUACAUUCAACAACCUAUAUCAAGUAUAUUGAAGGUUUACAAGCAGAAAAUAAGCAUAUCAGUAAUUGGGAUGCCCAAUUGAAAGCAACUAGAGAAAACACAACUCUGAGUGAUGUCAGUCGUCUUCCCAUUCACUGGUUAGCCAAUGGAGCAGGAAAUCACGGAAAUGUUGUAAAUGCACUGUGGGCAUUAAGAGACUUUAUGCUGAAAGAUGCGUUAAAUAUUUCCAAAAUUUUAUAGUUGUUUAAAUCAUAUCUGUUUAUUUAUAUAUCAAGCCAUCCUUUGUGACUAAUAUUUCCAUUUCAUAUUGCUCUCAAUAUUUGAUGGAAAAUCAAAAACUUUGCUCUGAAAGAAGCAAAUUAUUUCACUUUUUAAAAAAAUCAUCUGAAAAAACUCAUUUCAUACUUGUAUUUUAAUGUCAGAAUCUCAGUUCCUGUUUCUAUACGAAGAAUAAUUAUAAAUUGUAGCAGUUGUGUCAUAUUUCAUUUGUUUAUCUCCAUUUUAUAUGUACAAGACAAAUAAAUUGUUGAUUUGUA